UCCAAAUUUCAGCAAAAUCUGAUAAUAAAUGUGGCUUUUAUGGGCUUAAGACCCUAAAUCGGCGGAUCGAUCUAUAUGGGGGCUAUACCAACCUGCUUAGCCUGCGUAUGGACAAAAACAGAAUCUGGGCAAAGUUUCACCUCAAUAUCUCUAUUUUUAAAGACUGUAGCAAGAUUUCAACAGGCAGACGGACGGACAUGGCUAGAUGGUCUUAGAUUUGUACGCUGAUCAAGAAUAUAUAUACUUUAGAGAGUCGCAAAGGAAUAUUUGGAUAUGUUGCAAACGGAAUGACACAAUGAAUAUACCUCCAUCUCUUGGUGGUGGGUAUAAAAAGCUUUAAACAUCGAAUAAUGCUUAGCGUAAAAAUACCAAAAAUUUCAUUAAUCGUUAUCUCCCUAUAAAAUGCGUAUGCCACCCAAUCAUGUUUCCGAUUCAAUAGGAUAUGUAAAACAAAUAAUGGCAACCCUAUGCUGGUAGAUCGAGAGUAAAAAGCAAGAGAAUGUUAGAGACAUCACGUUGAAGCGAUGAAGAUAUUCGCCACCAACAAAAAGAAUGGUAAAAAUUAAAUUCGCUUCUUUCGGCAGCUGCAUGCCCUUUAUGCCAUGUAUGUUUGUACGAGUAUGAGACUACAACGAACAAUUUCAAGGCGAUGGCAAUUCAGUUUAACGAUAAAAGCCGAAGCAAAUGGAUGUGCAGCGUUUGAUCGACGAAGUUCGCGUAAGACCAGGAUUAUGGGAUAUGCAACAUCCCGAUAAUAAGUCAAGAACAAUAAUACCCAAGCUAUGGCAAGAAGUGGCUGACGCUCUAAAGGUGGAUGAUGUUGAGCAAUGCAAACGAAAAUGGAAAAAUGUACGCGAUGCCUAUCAUGCUCUCGUUAAACGCACUCGAAAACGUAUAGAGAAAGACAUCAAAAGGGGUGUUUAUGAUCCUCAAAAAGACUACGAUAGCAAAUGGAUAUACUACAAAUCGUUGGAAUUUGUCAAGGAUUGUAAGCGAAAACGUCACUCUAUGGAAUGCCGUGGGGAUCAAGCAACCGAGCAGCAAGAGGCUGAUGAGGAGGAGGAAGAUGAAGAGCAAAUACCCACACAGGAUACCAGUCGCAUUAAAAUUGAACCCGGUUUCAUUAACAUCGAUGAGUUUCAAUUCAACGAAGACGAGGAGGAGUAUGAAAAGGAAAAUGCUGAAUACAGAGCACAAUUUCUUACGAAUACAAUGAGCCCCGAUGAACUGCUUCAGAAUUUGCCAGCGUCCACCACCAUCUACAGUGUGAGUAAUGGCACUGGGAAAAAGUCCCCGCCUGCGCCUCCUCCCAUCACUCAGCCAGUAAAGAUUAGACCAAUUGCUGCACAAAGUGAGCAAAAUGUUCAGUUUCUUGAAAAUCUCCAUCAGGAAGAAGAAAAACUCAUGAAGGCCACACAAAAGGAUAUUUUACAAUGCUCAGAUCAUACCGCAGAUCCGGAUUAUAAUUUUCUUGUAAGUUUUAUGCCUCAACUGAAGCAGAUGAAUGCUUUGCAAAAUCUACAAUUCCGUUCCCGCAUGUGUGAUUUGGUGCUGAACAUUAUGGCUCCAAAUGUGGGUCCACCUCCUUUGACGGCCAGCCCGGCUUUGAGAAUUCAACCGCAACCAUCCCCUGCAGCACUUCAAAAUAGUGGCGUCAGAAGAAACGCUGAGCAUAUAACCAUUACCACACCUGCCGUAUUGUCUAGCCUGAUGGGACGACGUUAGCAAAUAUUCUCGUGAAGAUGAUUUAUUUUUAUUGAACCACCAAAUGUAUUAUUAAAAAUUUUUUACCAAUAAAUUUAAUUUAAGAUUUU